AAUGCAGACGUUAAACUCAGAAUCAAAAGCAUAAUUAUAGAUCUCGUGCCAAAGUGACUCAAUUUUCUAAUAGAAUCUCAUAACUAAUAACUAUUCGUUUUGAGCGCAGUGAACGACAAUUAAUUAAUUAAUCUGAUCCACAACAUGGCCCAAAGUGACUGUGGAAAGUUUUGUGAUGCUGCAACUGCUGAUGCGGAAACAUGUUGCCAACGAGAAACUGCAACAGUUUCAAAAUGCAAUGCAUCGAAAGUAUUUCCCGACAAGAUUUACAAAUCGGUUCAGGCCAAAGGUGAAGAUGUGACGGGCAUGACUUGCGAGUGCGGUGUCUUUGGAGCUAUAGCCUGUGGGGAGUAUCCGACGAAUCAUGACAUUGCACAGAUGAUAUGCCUGGGAUUGGUGGCAUUGCAGCAUCGUGGCCAGGAGUCGGCUGGCAUUUGCACCAGUCUGGGCAAGAGCUCGAAGAACUUUAGUGUGCACAAGGGCAUGGGAAUGAUCAAUAACAUCUUCAACGAUGAGGCCAUACGGAAACUGAAGGGCAAUCUGGGAAUCGGCCACACACGCUACUCCACGUCCGCUGCCUCCGAGGCGGUCAACUGUCAACCCUUUGUGGUACACACGGCCCACGGUGCCUUGGCCAUUGCCCACAAUGGGGAGUUGGUCAACUGUGAGUCGCUGCGUCGUGAGGUUCUCGAAAGAGGAGUCGGUCUGUCGACGCACUCGGACAGCGAGCUGAUUGCCCAGUCCCUGUGCUGUGCUCCCGAGGAUGUCUCCGAGCACGAUGGACCCAACUGGCCGGCUCGCAUACGUCACUUUAUGACACUGGCGCCGCUUUCCUACUCUCUGGUCGUGAUGCACAAGGAUAAGAUCUAUGCGGUGCGAGAUUCCUAUGGCAAUCGGCCGUUGUGUCUGGGCAAGAUCGUGCCCUUCGAUGCGGGACAUGCCAACAUCGAGGAUCAGAUUGCCGAGGGUUGGGUCGUGAGCAGCGAGAGCUGUGGCUUCCUCUCCAUCGGAGCACGCUAUGUGCGAGAGGUGGAGCCCGGCGAGAUCAUUGAGCUAUCCCGGAAUGGCUACCGCACCGUGGACAUCGUGGAGCGACCGGACUAUAAGAGAAUGGCCUUCUGCAUCUUUGAGUAUGUCUAUUUUGCCCGCAGCGAUUCCAUGUUCGAGGGUCAGAUGGUCUACUCGGCGCGUCUCCAGUGUGGCCGACAACUGGCUAGGGAAUCUCCCCUGGAUGCGGAUCUGGUCAGCUCUGUGCCGGAGUCGGGCACGGCUGCAGCUCACGGCUAUGCCCGGGAGUCGGGUCUGCCCUUUGGCGAGGUGCUCUGCAAGAAUCGCUAUGUGGGACGCACUUUCAUCCAGCCCUCGAACCGUUUGCGCCAACUGGGCGUGGCCAAGAAGUUCGGAGCUCUCGCCCAGAAUGUGGAGGGCAAGCGAAUUGUGCUCAUCGAUGAUUCCAUAGUGCGUGGCAAUACAAUUGGUCCGAUUAUCAAGCUGCUCCGUGAUGCGGGAGCCACCGAGGUGCACAUUCGGAUUGCCAGUCCGCCUUUGCAAUAUCCCUGCUACAUGGGCAUCAAUAUUCCCACCCGGGAGGAGCUCAUUGCCAACAAGCUGAAUGCGGGGCAGCUGGCCAACCAUGUGGGUGCCGAUAGCCUCGCCUACCUCAGUGUGGAGGGACUCGUCAAGGCAGUCCAGAUGAACAAGUCUCAUGCGAAUCCCAUCAAGUCGGGCUACUGCACCGCCUGCCUCACCGGAGAGUAUCCUGGAGGAUUGCCCGAGGAGCUCAGCUGGUAGACAGCUGACCGCAUGUGGAGUACUUAGAAUAAGAUUAGCAUUUAGCUCAACAUCAAGUCAAUUUGAUAACCUUAAUGAUCAUUCACAGCGCAUCCUUUGCUGUUCAUUUGAAACCAAACAAAUUAAUUUUGUUAGCUUUAAGUCAAAAACAAAUGGACAAUUAAAUUAUCUCAUUAACUUAGUAAAGUUUUAAAUAAAUAUUAAUAUACUUUUACUCGGAAAA